AUGGUCGCAGAACUGCUACGUCCUUCUCCACUUCACCGCCGUCGCCUGUCUAGCUCCUCUCGUCCGCGUGCCUCCUCCGGAGAAGCCAUGGCGGCUUCCGCGGAGCUUUCCGCGUACGCGUUUCACGCGGCGUCGCCGUGUCUCCGUUAUAGCGGAACUGGCGCGGCGGAAAACUCUAGUUUCUCCGCGUCUUCCGCGUUCGCCAGAGUCCCGUUAUCCAGCCGCGUCGCUUCCCUCCGCAUCGCUUCCCGCGCGCCAUUGCGCCGAUCCGCUAUUAACCCGCCCGCCUCUUCCGCGCGUGCUGCUUCCCGCCAACAGCCGGUGGAGCCUGUGGGGGAGAUACCCCGCGGAGAUACAGAGGUUAGGGGGGAGAAAGUGCGGUUAGCGGAGAGAAACGGCGGAUUGAGUGGAGAAGUUCGGAACGCAAGCUUAAAGAACGGCGGAGAAUCGAGCAGAGAGGGAAAUGAGCGACGAUUGGAGUUUGAGAAUCAGUCGGAGGAGCACGAGAGGCGGUCCGAACAGCACGGGAAGGUUCGUAAGGGAAUGGCAGUUACGAGGCGUCAGGUUCUCGCAACUGCCGCUGCGGCUGCUGCUGCAGGGGGGAUUGCUGAACGCGCAGCAGCAGCAGGGCUGGUGAUACCAGGAGGGAGGAGUUGGAGGGGAGGAAACGGAUUAGGGUUUGUGGAGGGGGAAGAGAGCGGGGGAGUGGAGGGGAAGGGGCGCGGGGGAGCGGGUACAAGUGUGGGCUCGGUGCUCGAUAGCUUAUCGGAGCGGGUGUGCACGUUCACGCUUGCGAACGGCAUGCGUUGGAUUGUAGUGGAGCGGCGGGCGGCGCCGAUUGUCUCGUGCCACACGUACGCAGACGUGGGGGCGGCAGACGAGGCGGAUGGGUGCACGGGCGUGGCUCAUUUAUUGGAACAUCUGGCGUUUAAAGGCACCCCCGUUAUAGGAACGAGAGACGCCCAGAAGGAGGCUCGGCUGCUGGAGCUUGUAGACGAAGCGUUCUACGGGCUGAAGGAGGCGAGGGAGGGCGGGGCAGCAGAGGGCACAGUCAAGCGGCUGGAGGACGAAUUCGCUCGCCUGCAGCAGCAGGCGGCGGAGCUGUCUGUUCCAAACGCGUUCGGCGCCCUGGUGUCGCGGGAAGGGGGCGUGGGGCUCAACGCGACCACCAGCCAAGAUUCCACACAGUACUUUGUCUCGCUCCCUGCCAACAAGCUCGAGCUCUGGAUGGCGCUUGAGAGCGGCCGGUUCCUGGCACCUGUGUUCCGCGAGCUGUACAGUGAGAAGGAGGUGGUGAGGGAAGAGAGGCGGUUGCGCAUAGACAACACCCCCUAUGGCCGCUUCACAGAGGCCUUUGCGCAGCGGGCGUUUCCCAACAGCCCCUAUGGACGCCCCACCAUUGGAUACCCAUCUGAUUUUGAUCGCCUAGGAAGGAAGGAGGUGGAGGCAUUCUUUCAGCAGCACUACACGCCUGACAAGCUCACAUGCGCGGUGGUGGGAGACGUGUCAGCAGCAGAGGUGGAGCGGCUAGCAACAAAACACUCCGAGGGGUGGGAGGCGGCGAGAAUGGCAGCAGCUGCAGUGGGAGAGGAGAGGGAGAUGAGAAUGAGUGUGGGUGCUAACCCGCUGUACUUUGAAGGUAAGACACUCCGAGGGGUAAGACACUCCGAGGGGUGGGAGGCGGCGAGAAUGGCAGCAGCUGCAGUGGGAGAGGAGAGGGAGAUGAGAAUGAGUGUGGGUGCUAACCCGCUGUACUUUGAAGGUAAGACACUCCGAGGGGUGGGAGGCGGCGAGAAUGGCAGCAGCUGCAGUGGGAGAGGAGAGGGAGAUGAGAAUGAGUGUGGACACUCCGAGGGGUGGGAGGCGGCGAGAAUGGCAGCAGCUGCAGUGGGAGAGGAGAGGGAGAUGAGAAUGAGUGUGGGUGCUAACCCGCUGUACUUUGAAGGUUAUUUCCGUCCCUCCUCAUCCUCGGUGGACGAUCCAGUCAUCUCUGUAAUCAGCUCUCUGCUCUACGGCUCUCGCUCGUCCCGCCUAUACAAAAACCUAGUGCUGCCAGGCAAGGCCCUCUCAGCCAGUGCCACAGAGACCUACCCCGGGGAUAAGCGCCCCAGUCUCUUCCUGCUCUCCGCCUUCCCUCCUCUCGGCGGCACAACUGAUGCAGUGGCAGCAGCGCUACAGGAGCAGCUGCAGCACAUGGCGGACACUCGUGUGCCAGAGAGUGACCUUGCUCGUGUCCGCAAAUCCCUCCGGGUCGGCUUCCUUGAGCUCCUAGGCAGCAAUUCCGGCUUGGCGCGGGUGCUCUGUGAGUAUUCCACGCGGGCGGGCAGAUGGGAGGCGCUAGUGGAGGAGGUGCAGAACAUGGAGGAGGAACUCCUAGGCAGCAAUUCCAGUCUGGCGCGAGUGUUGUGUGAGUAUUCAACCAGGCCGGGAAGAUGGGAGGCACUAGUGGAGGAGGUGCAGAGCAUGGAGGAGGUCACUCCCCGGGACGUGCUACGUCCCCCCCCCUACCGACCCAAGCAUGCCUCAUUUCUUCCGUAUCCUUCUACCCUCUCUCUCUGUGCCCCUCGCCCUUUCUUUUGCCUCACUUACCAGGAGCUCCUAGGCAGCAAUUCCGGCCUGGCGAGGGUCCUCUGUGAGUAUUCAACCAGGGCGGGCAGAUGGGAGGCACUAGUGGAGGAGGUGCAAACGAUCGAAGAGGUCACUCCCAGGGACGUGCAGCAGGUGGCUCGUUUGUUGUUCUCUCCCGAUAUGCGCAUCACAGCACAUGCUGUCAAUACCUAG